AUUCCCAGCUCUUCCCCCCUCUCUCUCUCAGCCUCUCUCUCUCUCUCUUUCUCUCUCUCUCUUCCUCGCUCCCUCUCUUUCUCUCCUCCCUCUGCCUUCCCCGUGCAUAAAGUCUCCGUCGCUCUUGGAACUUGUUGGCAAUGCCUAUUUUUCAGCUUUCCCCCGCGUUCUCUAAACUAACUAUUUAAAGGUCUGCGGUCGCAAAUGGUUUGACUAAACGUAGGAUGGGACUUAAGUUGAACGGCAGAUAUAUUUCACUGAUCCUCGCGGUGCAAAUAGCGUACCUGGUGCAGGCCGUGAGAGCAGCGGGCAAGUGCGAUGCGGUCUUUAAGGGCUUUUCGGACUGUUUGCUCAAGCUGGGCGACAGCAUGGCCAACUACCCGCAGGGCCUGGACGACAAGACGAACAUCAAGACCGUGUGCACAUACUGGGAGGAUUUCCACAGCUGCACGGUCACAGCCCUUACGGAUUGCCAGGAAGGGGCGAAAGAUAUGUGGGAUAAACUGAGAAAAGAAUCCAAAAACCUCAACAUCCAAGGCAGCUUAUUCGAACUCUGCGGCAGCGGCAACGGGGCGGCGGGGUCCCUGCUCCCGGCGCUCCCCGUGCUCCUGGUGUCUCUCUCGGCAGCUUUAGCGACUUGGCUUUCCUUCUGAGCGCGGGGCCGGCUCCCCCCGCGCGCCCACCCACACUCACUCCAUGCUCCCGGAAAUCGAGAGGAAGAUCCAUUCGUUCUUUGGGGACGUUGUGAUUCUCUGUGAUGCUGAAAACACUCAUGUAGGAUUGUGGGAAAUCCUGAUUCUCCUUUUGAUUUCGUUUGAUUUCUUGUGUUUUAUUUGCCAAAUGUUACCAAUCAGUGAGCAAGCAAGCACAGCCAAAAUCGGACCUCAGCUUUAGUCCGUCUUCACACAAAAAUAAGAAAACGGCAAACCCACCCCAUUUUUUUUUAUUUUUAAUUUUUACUUUUGGCACAAGAAUCUCAGGAACGGCCCUGGGCCACCUACUAUAUUAAUCAUGUUAAUACAUGACAAAUGAUGGGCUCCUCCUAAUAAGAAAGAGAGGAGAAGGCCAGGGGAAUGAAUUCAAGAGAGAUGUCCACGAGGAAAGCAUAUGGUGAAUAACUCACGCUCACGUCUUUCUUCCACAGUAUCUUGUUUUGAUCAUUUCCACUGCACAUUUCUCCUCGAGGAAAGUGAAAGGACAGAUUGUUGGCUUUGUGGUUUAAGGAUAGGAGGGAGAGAGGGAAGGGAUUGAGGAAAUCUCGGGUGUCUAGGUAAAGGUUUCCAGAAGAAUCGCUGCUAAAGUCACUGAGAGGUUAAGCUUUACCUGCUGUUGUCGAUGCAUCUUUCCAAGUCCACUGCCUUUAUUUUCCCUCUUGUUUUAGCUGUUACACAUACAGUAAUACCUGAAUAUCCAACGGUAUAGAUCACAAGGGGGGGGUGUUAAAUGUUAAUCUAAAAUAUAGUUAAAAAAGAUUUUGACAUAAAAGAGCCUUGAUUUUAAAAAAAAAGAGAGAGAUGUAAUUUAAAAAGUUUAUUAUAAAUUAAAUCAGCAAAAAAAGAUUUGCUACAAAGUAUAGAGAAGUAUAAAAUAAAAGUUAUUGUUUGAAAUG